ACGAUUGUGUGCUCUAAGCAGAGAACUGUGCUAAGUGGGAGCUACGUUUAGUUGUUCAUAUUUCUUGCAAGCUCGCCUUCCUGAGUAUCAAACGCUCUGUGUGAAAAACCAGCCAGAGAUAAUCUGACUGCCGCGAAAGAAGCUCAAAAUGGCUUGUCGGGAGAGAUGCAUAAUUUUUUUGGCGAUCUUUGUUCUAUUUAAAAUAAUGUGUUCGGUGGAAGCUGGUGACGUGAGAAGUUCUUGUUCCGCUCUGAACACGGCAAACAUUUUAACACAGACGGAACUUUUGGUGGAAUUAACGAACGACUGCCGAUACGAUAAAUUGGUUCGCCCACCCGGUGAAAAUAAUGCCAGUGAUCCCAUCGUGGUAUCGUCCCGAGCGUACAUAUACGCCAUACAAUCGAACAUGGCUAAGACACUGCAGUUUGAUAUUCAAAUGAUGUUGCAAUUUCGAUAUCUCGACAAACGAUUGAGGUUUGCCGAAAUUGCGCCGAAUUUUACUCAAAUAAAUGGUGGGCAAUCGGCACACGACGUUAUUUGGACACCUUCGGUUCACGUAGCGAACGAGCGAAGUUCGGUCAUAAUGGGUAACGGUGUCAAAGAUUUACUCAUAUCCAUUGAUUCAUCGGGCGUCGUUAUUCUCAAUACCAGAUUAGCGGCUACACUCAACUGCGGUUUGCGGCUCCAAAAGUUUCCGUUUGACGUUCAAGAGUGUCCACUGACUUUUGAGAGCUGGACUUACAACAUUCAAGAAAUGGAGCUAGAGUGGGAUGAGAAUCCGAUUCUCUUAGCGGAUGAGCUUCACCUUACCGAGUACAGCCUUGUCGCAAACUGGGUCAAUAAAUCCCAAGUUUCGUACACAGUUUCGCAACAACACUACGGUCAUUUCGCCGGAAAUUUCAGCUCUAUAAGUAUCACCUUUAAACUUGCUCGUGAGAUGGGCUUCUUCAUCAUGGAUUAUUACAUACCUUCGAUACUGAUCGUCGUCAUCUCAUGGGUAUCCUUCUGGCUGCACAUGGACGCCAGUCCACCGAGAAUCGUUUUAGGGACGAACACAAUCCUGGCAUUUAUGACACUUGCGUCAAAGGUGGAAAAUUCACUGCCGAAGGUGUCGUACAUCAAAGCCAGUGAAAUAUGGUUUUUGGGUUGCACUAUUUUCCUGUUCGCCGCCAUGGUCGAAUUCGCAUUCGUCAACACUAUCUACAGACGAAAGAAAAACGUGCCCCUCAAGAAAGUUAACAGCAAGUACAUUCUCAAGUCCACGUUGACGCCGAGGCUUGCCCGGAAGCAAUUUCAAAAGAAUACCACCGGACUAGAGCGUUCGCGUUCUUGGUCCUCUCUCGAUCACGAGAACGCUACCGAAUCGGUUUAUACGAGUCAAAACUACUUGACCGUACACAGUUUCCCAAGCAGCAUGAACAUUCCUUCGGUAACCAUCGAAGAUGACAAAGACGCAGACUCCGGCGGAAGUAUCGUCACACUGGAUACCGUCGCCGCACCGCCACCGAAACCGGCAAACCGUCGUCCCACGCUUGCUCAACUUCACAACUUCACGACUAUGACACCCCAAGAAAUAGCCCAGUGGAUCGACAAACGCAGUCGAAUAGUAUUCCCCGUUGCCUUCCUUAUAUUCAAUGUUCUUUACUGGUCGUUCAUAUGGAUAUGAAAUCGGCACUUCCGAAGAGUUACCGAACGAUUCCUAUCUCCUUUGCGGAAAGACCUAAACUUCAGGGGCGAGAGAACGGUUUAUUCUUUUUUUGUUUUUAUUUAUUUGAAACUGAAACGUGAUUCGGGUCGUAGCCAUUUUUGCGAAUUCGCAGCAUCAAUCGAAUGAUACUUACAAUGUACUUACAAUUAGAUCGCAGCUUCGGGAACGUUUUCGACUAAAAAUUAAACUGUAAUCAAAGCGACUAACGAGUCUUACGAUUUUCCUAUCGCUCCGCGCUGCGGUGGACGAUUAUCGGCUCAUUGCGAUACGAAUUGGUUUUCAAAUUUUUCCCUAAUACACUUUUGCGUUACCCGAGUGUCAUGAACGUGUCCGAGAGAAUUAAAGUAACCGCUCAAAUACUCAGACGAUAAAGAUUUAAUUAGGCCGCUUCCCUUGCGAUGCCCAAGGAUAUUCGUUCGCGAAAAUAAUGCACAUUCGGCCACCGUGGACGUUGAAUGCGAUCGAUAUGGCAUUUGCGUAUUUCAGUUUGUUGGCAGAUGUACAUAACGAUGUGUCCUCUUUGGUUCCCUACACGAAAAAUAGACCCGGUGAAAUAUUCGCGUGGUUUCCUAUGCCUAUCAUUUGAAUUGUACGACGAAUUCGUUCCGAGAGCUAUUCGUGUUUAUUGAGAAUAGCACAACUCGUAUAAAAGUAUUUUGCUUGAUUUCAAUUGCCAUAUGAUGUAUAGAUUAUUGUAACAGUGAUUAAGAAUUAUCUUCUACCCUUAAUAAUUUCAUAUCACGAUAACACUAUUGAGAAUAAGUAUCACUAGCGGUACGUGUAUGAAAAUUCUCGAAUCAGUAUUUUUAUAGUGAAUCCUCAAUCAAAAAUCGAUAAUUGCCGAGCCAUGCCGAUGCGCGUAUAUCGUAUUGAAAAUAUGCGAAUUGUUUCGAUACUGGCGCGCGAUGGGCAGCCAAAGUGAUGAUUUUAUAUUGAAAUGUAUUCAAAGUCAGAGAGGCAAAUCUCAUACCAAGGUUUCUAUUAAUCUACACCUAUUUGUAUACGCUUAAUUAUUAAGUAUGAAAAUAUAUUUAGAAUAAGAAUAAAUAAUUUAUUUUCCAACAUGA